GUCAUGCUAUGUGAAAUUCACAAACCUCCUUCCAGCAACCAGUUUAGAAGAAAAAGAUGGGGAAAGCCAGUAUUCUCAUUGUUCUCAAAGUAUUGAUGGUCUUAAUAUGCACAGGCUGGAUAUCUCUCUGGCUACUGAAACCAACAAACUUCUGGACACGAAAAUGGAAAGGAGCAGAAGCCAGUGCUCGGGAUACAGUGUUUGGUUAUUAUGGUCUUGACUUUGCUGUGUAUACAUUUCCUGUAAUUGCUCUGGCUAUGAUUGGACUUGUCUACUUGAAUUUGCAACCUUGGGAGCACAGAAGCAGACAAGUAAGGAGUUCAGCAGCUGCUUUCUCAAAUCCACUAGUUAUAAGUAAACUUAUUGGCAUUUUAUCCAGUGUAGAGAUUCUGGCAGUAUUCCUCUUCAUCCUCUUUCUAGCAUGGACAUUUUAUAAACGCAUAUCUCAGGAUUUUGAGAAGCUGACACCGGUUGAAUCACUGAAGUUGGAUCUAUGGCAACUGAAGUAUCUAAGAGUGGCAACCCGAUUUGGUUUGCUAGCAGAAGCCUGCCUAGCUUUGCUUCUUCUGCCAAUCUUAAGGGGACUGGCUGUUUUUCGAAUACUUGGCAUCCAAUUUGAAGCUUCAGUGAGAUAUCAUAUAUGGCUAGGGACUGCAAUGAUAUGUUUUGCUACUUUUCAUGGUGCAAGCACCUUAUUCAUCUGGGGCAUCAGCCACAACAUCCUGGAUGAGAUCACAAAAUGGCAGAGAACAGGCCGGAUAUACCUUGCUGGAGAGAUUACUCUUGUUACGGGGUUGAUUAUGUGGAUUACAUCACUUCCUCAAAUAAGGAGGAAAAGAUUUGAAAUCUUUUAUUACAUACACCACCUGUACAUAAUCUUCAUAGUAUUUUUCUUGCUUCAUGCCGGGGAUCGACACUUCUAUAUGAUCUUCCCUGGAAUUUUUCUCUUUGGCAUUGACAAACUACUACGCAUCACACAGUCAAGGCCUGAAACUUACAUUCUUUCAGCAAGAGUAUACCCAUCUAAAGCUGUUGAACUUAUUCUGCCAAAAGACUCCAGAUUGAGGUAUACCCCCACAAGUAUAAUAUUUCUGAAGAUACCAAGUAUAUCCAAUUUUCAGUGGCAUUCUUUCAGCAUAACGUCGAGUUCCACUGUCGAUAAUCACAGAAUGUCCGUCAUAGUUAAGUGUGACGGACGGUGGACAAGUUCUCUCUAUGACAUGAUACAGGCUGAGCUAGAUUCUAAUGCUGAUAAGAUGAAGUGCAUACCUGUUGCAAUAGAAGGCCCUUAUGGUCCUUCCUCCAUGAUCUUUCUCAGAUAUGACAGUCUACUUUUGGUUGCUGGUGGAAUUGGAAUAACACCAUUCCUGAGCAUACUGCAUGAAAUUGCUGCAGCUCAAAGCAGCUGUAGAUAUAGAAUCCCUUCCAGAAUGCACCUGAUAUAUGUUGUGAAGAAGUCCCAGGACAUUGGCUUGUUAAACUCAGUUUCUACCCUACUGCAGAACCACCCCUCACAGAAAUGGCAUCUGAAAAUAAAAGUUUUUGUGACCCAAGAAAAGCAGUCUGGUGCAACGGUAGGAGAAAUACUUAGUGAGACAUCUCAAGUGCAGACAGUUCACUUAGGCACAAAAGGUCCAAUUUAUGCAAUACAUGGACCAGAAAGUCUGCUUCGGAUUGCUGCAUUGGCUGGAAUUGCUUCCAUCGUGUUCUUUGUUUUUGUUAUCUGUUUCAACAAUAUAUUUGUUCCCUCUGAGAAGAAAAGCGUUCACUCUUUAAGAGUGGCUCUUUCCUCCAAAAACAAGGCCCCAAAAGAAACAAGCCCCUCUUGGAUUGCUGAUAUACUCAUCAUAUCCUCAUUCAUCAUAUCUCUAGCAUGCACCACAUUGGUAGCAAUUAUUUUGAGAUGGAGAAAGGUGAAGAAAGAAAUACCACUGGUCUCCCAAAGGGAAGAAAAAGCAAAGGAACUUGGUUCAACCGAAACAAAAGGUGCUGUUGAGGAACAUGAAGUCCAUUUUGGAGGAAGGCCUAAUUUGGAAGAUGUAUUCUCCAAGUUCCUAAAUGAAACUGAUGGUUCUAACAUUGGAGUCUUGGUGUGCGGCCCAGAAUCACUGAAGAGGGCAGUUGCUUCAUUGUGCCAGCAGAAGUCUCAAUGGUUUAACUCGAGAGUACAGAAAAAGAAACCAUACUUGAGUUUCCAUGCCCUCAACUUUACACUCUAGUUACACCAUUAACACAGUCAUUGAGCAACAAAAAAGUCCUAAUUUUAUUGUACACUUCACCCAUCUAUCUGAAUCAGUUGCAGCCCUUGGAAAAAAUAAAAUAAAAUAAAAUAAAAGGGGAUGUAAAUAUGAAGUUGAUAUGUUGCAGAGAUGUGUGCCUUUUCUUCCUUCUGCUUCUUUUGCACUUAGCAAGUGACAAGAAGGGUAGCGUAGUUAGGCAGAAACCAUGACAAUUUGCAAAUGCAGGUUGCUUUCAUUUUGCCA